GAACAUAUAGUUUUCUUCCUUCAUUUGCUUCAUUUGGAAUUUAUAUCAAAUGCUGACUGACCUUUUUCUGUUGUAUUUUGUUAUUUUCUUGCUUCAUUACAAUGGCACAAGGAUUUACUCUUUCUUUAAGUUUCAACCAACACUUAAUAGAACGUUGAACCCUUUUUAAACAGACACCAAGGUAAUUUUUUCAAAGUUUCGUUUUUAGCAUUGAUUUGCCCCUAGUUGCUUGAUGAUCGCAUUGACAACGAAUCUCUGAGCGUUGAGUUCUGUUCCGGUCAGUUCUCCUCUCUUCUGUCCUGCUCCAUUUCGUUCUGUCCUCUUCUCUUUUCUUCUGUUCUCUUUUCUUCUGCUCCGUUCUCUUCUCUUCUUAUCUCUCCUCCCUUCUAUUUUUGCUGUAUUCCUUUUCUGUUCCCUCCUUAUCUCUUCUCUCCUGUGCUCUUCUCACCUGUUCUCUUUAUCUAGAAUAUGAAUACACUUCUUUAUACACAAGGCAACUCCAGGAUUGCCUAGAAAGCGGUGGUUUGUGCUGCAAUGAUCUUGUGAUGCUCUUUAUCAUCAAAGACAUCUAAAGCGUAGAUUUGAAUUCGUAGAAUGAAACAAAUGCUUAUUAGAGAACUUCUAGUUGUGAACCUUAUAUGAAGUUCUGUUUACUAAUAUUCUUUAGAAGUGUUUUUUUCAAAAAGGGAUAUAUGUUUUAUCAGAUUAAUUGUUAGAAAUUUCACAGACAAGUAAACAAAAUUUCAGAAUCUGCGAGACAGAAGCAAUUCGAAAGAGAACCAACCUGAGACAGAGUUUGACAUGUUAUUUCAAGCCAUUUCAGUUUUUAUGAAUACUUUAAGAGCGUGGAAUGGCAAUAUUUAUCAUAAUACAAAUCUCAGGAUCAUGCCUAAUCGUUAACACCAAAAGCAGGACAAAGGGAUGCAAAAUCCAGUUUUUGGUUUUAUGCUUCAAAUUAUUACCCCAAAACUUCGUACACUAUGUAAAUGAACAAAUUAGCACUCGCUGAAUCCCAGCUAAAAUGGGGAAUGAGAGUUUGUUAGCAAGUUUUCUAACCAUUGGUGACCGCGCGAUUCAGUGGAAAAGCAUUACCGCAAAUUUACAUUGCUCAAGCUGAAAAGAAUACGCAGUGAUUUGUAGGAUAAAUCUUUUCCGAAAAAACUGGCACUGCAUGUUUUCUGUAGGUUUUAGAAUUAUAUUCUCAAUAAAGCAGAGAUUUUCUUCGAUCUUCGAUGACUGCCGAGAUUUUCUAACAACUGUCACGCAUUCUCAACACCCCUCCCUCUUCUAUUGAAACGGGCUUUAGAAUGCGUUUAUUCAUCUUUAUAUCUGAAGAAGUAACAGAUAAUCAUUUGUUGCUCAUAGGCCAUAUUGGUGUCGGCAUUGAUGUUUUUAGUAUGUCAUCCUCACUGUCAGUAGCGUAUUAUCUUUUAUUUGUAAAGAGAUUUUGCUCAAUGUGCAUCCAAAUCCAACAUUGUGUCGAUUUGCGCUUGAACUGAUUGCGUCAAAAUCAAAAUUCGUAUAUUUGAAAAGAUGCCUGGAAAAUCAUGUCGAUGCAUCAGCUGGAUGUUAAUGCGUUUUGGGCUCCUUUCACGCAAAGAAAACUACGUUGAGUUAUUGUUCCUUUCUUCUAAAUUGCGUUAUGGGUGGAAUUACUGGCAAUAUAUAUUUGUAAAGCCUGACGCAGAAUACAAAUUUCCCAAUAGGACAAAGGGCUCCUGGAAAACUGUGAAGAUGAAAAGGUGCUUUUAAGUGUCUUUAAGGAGAUAUUUCUCAAGAUUUUGCAGAAUUUACGUUUCUGUAUACGUAGAAUCAAAUUUGGGAGCUAUUGUUCCUUUAAUCGAAAUUUUUUCAGUUAAAUUUGAGCAAAAGGUCGAUGCUCUAAAGGCCACACACUUAUCGAGCGUCAAAUUAAUUCAUCUGCAAUUUCUUACGUAAGCAGGAUACAAAUCGUGAGGUGUGUAUCUGUGACGAAAGAUGGAGGCCAAGAUGAUUCUUCGAAUUAUGAGCUUCAUCAUUCUUUGCUGUUGUGCAACUGCUUCAGGAAGUGAUGGCGAAUAUCAACUGCAACGAUUACUGCUAAAAAGUCAUGACCCAACUGUAAUACCACGUAAAGAUACAUCGAAAGCUUUGGAAGUCAAAAUGGACGUUGCUCUGAGAAGUAUCCAAUCAUUGGAUGGUAAGAACGAGAAGCUUCUCAUAUCAGUCUGGAUGCGAUUGAACUGGAAAAAUGAUUUCCUUACUUGGGAUCCACGCAACUAUUCUGGCGUUGACAUGUUACAUUUUGAAAGCCGGAAAAUUUGGACACCAGAUGUUGUGCUUUAUAACAGCGCCGAGAAUUCAGAUACCGGACCUAUCUUUGACAAGAUGAAAACAGCAGUGGUUGUGAAAUAUGAUGGAACAAGCCAAUGGUUCUGUCCUAUGCUCCUUAAAAGUGAAUGUUCCGUUGACCUUUUUAAAUUCCCAUUUGACAACCAGACUUGUCCUUUGAUAUUUGGUCUAUGGGCUGUGCCAAUGUCUGACAUCCCAAGGGUCAACUUAACAUUAGUAAGUCAAUCUGGAGAUUUAAAUCAUUACGGAGCAAAUGGCGUCUUUGAACUCAAUGGAAUGCCGGGAAGGCAGAAUAUUAUCUACUUUCCUUGCUGCCCUGGGGUACCAUUCACCCGUGUGCAAUAUGACAUUAAAGUCACAAGAAAAACAGUAUUCUAUUUGAUAGACUUCUUUUUCCCUUCACUUAUCCUUAUCGUAUUACUGUUUAUGUCAUUCACCCUACCCCCAGAAUGCGGGGAACGUAUGACACUUUCAAUUUCUCUUCUUCUUGCCUUUGUUCUUCAUCUUUUGCAUGUUUCUGACCACAUACCCCAAACCAGUGAUGCUGUGCCGAUGAUAACAAAAUUGCUGAAUGUAUCUGUAGCCUUGAGCGCUUUAACACUUGUGUCCUCGGCAGUGGCAAUCAAGUGGUCCUGCUACGAAAACAACGGCAAAUCUGUUCCAUGGUUUAUCCGUGUAGUGCUUAACCGAUUUGUCGCUGUUGUUGUAUGUGCAAAAAAGUCAUGUUCCUCAAAUAGUUCUGGAAACACAGUUAAAUCCGUGCAAACCGUCAAUGAAGUUGGCAACACUGACCAUCCGAGUAUUUUAAAGCCAGAACUUAAAGAAAGCAAUCUCAGAAACCAGCUACGCGUAAACUCCGAAGAAGCUGACAUAGCCUCUAUUACGCUACGUGACAAAACUGAAGAUGAGGCUGCUCCUGCUCAGCAAAGUGGAAUCUCAUCAAAUGGUACGUCGAAUUACAGUUACGAGCUUCUUCGUUCAGUUUGCGAUGUCCUGCGCAUUUUUACCAGAAAACUUGACGAGCAAAAGAGUGAAAUAUCUUACCUUAACGAAUGGCGUUCGGCUAUUGUCGUUUUGGACCGGGCUUUGUUCCUCUUUGCCCUCAUUAGUAUGUUUUUUAUAGUCAUUUAUUUGUUGUUUUUUGUAUCAAAAUUUUACAUUAAGUAAAGCAGAACUUGUAAUAUGCAAAAUUAUUUUUGUAGGUUCGAAAAUAUUUCUUGAAUGAAAUUAUAGUUUCCUCACUUUCGUAUGAAUUGUGUGAGUUGAGAUUAUUAAGUAGUUGUAAAAAACGCCUGUGUAUAGAAGGGGUGAUUUUUGUAUUGAGUGCAGGCAUGUUGCCUUUCUUCAUAAAUUUUUUAUUUUUGAAGAACUUAUUAAAUUUCAAGUUUAUGUAGGUUUUUCAAUAUCUUUAUUGCUAUUAAUCUACACAAUAAUUUGGGGUUUUUUUCAUCGUUUCAAUACAUUUGUAAAACAAUCGUUUAGUAAUCUUAGUCUCAUUGUAGAAUUGUACUUGUUUUUAAAUUUAUUUGUUAUCUAACAACAAGGGUGAUGAA